AUGAUUCAUCUUGAUGGCAUUACCCAUGAGUCAGGAAGCGAGAAUGAAGGCCUAGAUAACACGAUAAUCGAUACGUGCAGGCAAGACCUUAGUAAUAAAAAUCAAAAGAAAAAUAUGGCGAAACAGAUGUUAGAAUUAGAACUCGAACCAGAAGGGUGCGAGAAACUAGACACCCUCGAUGAUAGAACGAAGGCAAUAGUAAUGGGCCUGUUUUCGAAAAUUAGUGCAAAGCUAAAGAAGACAGAGGAAGUGGGCGUGCCAUUCACAGCGACCAAACGGCCCAUCCGAAAUUUGUCACCGACAAAUAGGGACUUCGACUACAUACAACGCGACGUAGGAAUAAGCAUAGGACCCGCAAACAAAGAAGUGAGUCUUAUUUCCGGCGAACAAGCCAUUGGGGGCAAUAUAAGAAGGGCCAAAGAAACACGCGGAGCCCGAACGGAUAGAGUAGACACCCUAUCGAUGCAAUGGGGCAUGCCGGGGAAACCAGAACUGCCGAUUUCCGGUGCAUCACACUAUGCGAUGAAGUCUUCUUUUAUUGAAAAAUGCCCUGCGCUCGUUGAAGCAGGUUUUGAGUUAAAGCCGGAUGUUAAGCUUGCGCCUCGUCUUAUUAUUCACGAUAUUCCCGUAGAGAUCGAAAAAGACGAAAUUGUAAAAUGUGUUUGUGAGCAGAACUUGCAGGGUGAAUCUGAUGCUGCAGUUAAAGCAAUUUUUCUCUACCCCAGGGGUACCAAAAAGCAUAGAUCUUGCGUUGUGGAGGUCACUCCUUUGGGUAUAUUCCCGACUGUUUGGAAGAAAGCACUUGUGACUCCUCUACCUAAGGUGAAACAACCCUCUGAGUUGAAUCAUUUUCGGCCCAUUAGCGUGACAUGCGCGCUAUUUAAGCUUCUCGAGGCGGUGGCACUCAGGCAGAUGUCAGCUUUCGUGGAGUCUAACAGACUGCUGUGCCCUCAGCAGUCGGGUUUCCGUAAGCACCACAGUAUUCAUACUGCACUGAUCAAUCUUGGUGUGAAAUUAGGGCGUCCAUGGAUGUGGGUCACGUCACGUUACUAG